AUGAGCAAAGACAUAGAAGAGGUCGUGAGGGUGCCUGAGCCGUCUUCCACCAGAGCCUGGCAGUGGGUCAAAGGGACCAGUUGUGAUGACUUCGAGAUCAUACCGGGGUCUAACAAAGGGAUUGCGCCGUUCGCGCUUGAAUUCCUGAUCAGAGCUGUCGCGCCAACUGUUGCGACGGCCAAUGCCUGCUUCGGCGUCACAAACAUCUACGGCAGAUGGCUCCUGGAGCACAUGGGCAAGUCUCGCGAGCUCUUUCAUGUCGUCGUUGCAUCGAUGAAAGGAGCGCGUGACUCAUUCACGGGCCAACUGGCAUGUGCGGACAUGCUAGCGCACAAGACCGCCGCCAUCUCGCUGCUUCGAAAGCGGAUCUCGAAAACAAACGCUGUGGUGGACGAUACUGUCAUACUCACGAUGCUGCUCCUGGCUCUUCUGGAAGACGCGCUUGGCGAUCGUCGCGCUUACCAGAUACAUCGCCAGCAGGUCGGUCAGCUGACACGUACGAAGGCUACCAGCAUUACUGGGGCAAUAGUGACACAAUUCGAGACGUGGAACUUUCUGCAGUCGUUCAUGAAAUAUACGCAGGGUAAGCACAAAGGAUAUCAACUCAACAUCACGGACCGCUUCUGUUCAGCAUUUCCGCCAGGCUUCCAGUCACUGGUCCACGCCGAUCGAUUGUCGCCCAAGACCGUCCAAGUCAUCGAGCGGGUUGUCACUCGACAGAACUGGAGCGCGAGCGAUUUGUACACAAACAGCAACCCAUGGGAAGAUGCAUGCUACCGCGAUUUUCGAGAAGCUUGUCCUGCCCUCAACAUCCCAAGUGGACCGAACGGACCAGCUCUGGAGAAGCUGAUCUGCUUGGCUCUGAUUCGAUACUGUCUCAAUAUGGUGAUACUCGAUAGACCGCGGGCGUGUGUCUACCAUACGCUUAGUAUUGAACUUUUGGAUACACUGCCGCAAGCAGUCCCGUCGUCAGACGCGGUGGAACGAGAGGCGCUGUUGUGGGUCUACAACAUGGCUAUUGACUGUUGGGCGGUCUCGUACCAGGCGAUUACCCCUGAGGCAAGUUUUCUGAUGCAAGAGAUGGGUGUCAAGUUCCCUGAGACCUUGGGCUGGACCGUUGAUGACUUCGAUGCGUUUGGGAAACGAUAUUUGUGGACUGAGAACAUCUCGGGCAUUCUUCACCAAUACUACGUGACGGGUGCCACAACUUCCACUGCGCCAGCACACGCCCAACACGAGACAUCAAGCGCCUCGCUCCACAAAGACGCACAAAGGAUUGCUUUUCCCACCGUGCCUGCUGCUGUCCCGAGCGUGUGA